CUCUCAACCCUCACUCAUGUCUCACAAUCAAUGGAGCCGCUCAAGUACGGAGCCAUCGUUAAUAUCGUCACGCUCAUCGUCUUCUUUAACUAUCUCUGCAUCUCCAUCUACCUGAUUGUCCGCCAGGGCCUGGGUCGCAGCCUGCCAUGGAUCUGGCUCAUGGUGUUGGCGCUCUGCCGGCUCACGCAGGUUUCGCUCGAUUUGGCGGCCACGACAAUCUUUCCAGGUUAUAACGCGGCGAAUACCAGUCUUGAGAGUGGUGUUGCUAUUCUUACGACGAUGGGACUCACGCCGCUCUUCAUGGCGACAAACAGCUUGCUCAAUGCGACAACCAGACCAAAAGGACGGCGGAUGCAGUGGAUCCUGCUCAUGGUGCAUAUUCCGCUGAUUAUAUCCUUCAUCCUUAUUGUUGCCGGCGGUAUUGAUCCGGACUCCCGCGACGGCCCAACGUUUGCAGCGACCGGGGUAACCAAAGUUGGCGUUUCCCUAUACCUGGUGUGCUUUCUACUUCUAAUUUGGGCGACUACUGUUAUUUCGGCGCGCCUCUACCUAGCGGAUUCAGACGAAGUCAAAAUCCUUACGACGGUGGUCAUCAGUCUCCCUUUCUUCCUUGUCGACGUCGUCUAUAUAAUGUGUUUCGCGUUCGAGCGCUGGGGCGCUGAGGAGCGUUGGGAGCACAUGCGAUUCAACGUUAUUAGUGGCAGUGUGACGAUCCAGUUAUGCAUGCAGGUUGUCAUGGAAUACAUCAUUGUUGGACUCUACCUGGGCCUGGGCCUUGAGCUACCCAGCAAAGCUGCAAGAUUACGGGAGCAGGUUGAAGAUCGGAUAGGCCAGGCGAGGGGUCUUGAUUUCGAUCAGCUGCAAGAAACUGUGCUAUGGAAGUUACACGCAGCGGUAUCGAGGGUUGUUACUGCGAUGAUCAUGCCGGCCCUGCAAUUUGCCCACUGGAUGCUAGGAAAAAUACUACGUUCUUGAUGCGUGUCGCCCUUCGCAGUCUAGACAUUUCUUCACGUUGCAAGUCGCUGAAGUGCAUCUCGCGAUGAGCUUGUAGUAUUAUCGGGAACUAAACGACACCCUAAGCCUCCUUGGCAACUCCUCACACACAUAAUCGGUUUCGGUUUAGGCUUAUUGAUGGCAUAUCAAACACGCUUCCGUCAGAGCCAAUGCUGCGCGUCGUACACUGCCUGGGCGAGAUCACCUAUGACCGACACGACAUAAGGCCACGAUGUUUCCACACGAUUAGAAAGGCCAGAGGAUAUUAUGGGGAGUGCGGGUUCAUACGCAACGAUCAUGCGAGGUAGUUGUAUGUAUGGGAAGUGGUUCAUUGGUGAAGUCGGGUAGGCUGAUGAGUGCUGAGCGGACGAAAUGAACACGGAGUCCAAAGUUUGGGGCGCUAGUAAACGGUAAGCGCUAAGAAAACCUAAGCUAUCAAUAUCUCAAUACACUAUUUAUCAUUGGCUUCCCA